GAGUAUAAUAGCCUGUUAGUAUAUAUAUUAGCGGUGUUAGGUGUUAAAAAGGACGGCUGGAAGGGCCCCGAGUUGUAUCCGCCUAUUUUAUUAGCCGUUAUUAAGGUCACCCGUUUUAUAGUGGUUCAGCAAGCGUUAGAGUUAUUAGAGCCGUUUUAA